AAGUGCAAGAUAAAUCUCCUCUUCUUCUUCUCCUUCUUCAGCAGCAGCAGUCACUGGGAGCUCCAGGAGCGGACUCGCAUCAGCGCAGAGGGGGCAGGUCUUCAUCCGGAUGGUGCGCAAACUCCAGCAGCAGCAGCAGCAGCAGGAGGAGGAACAGGCAGCCUGACAGCUCACACACACCGGUACGCACAGCUGAGCGCGCCUCUAAUGGAAGACAGUGUGUGAUAUUAACUGGAGAGUGACAUUUCCACGCCGAGGAAGAGAGGAAGAGGAGCAUCUCGGAGGUUCCUUCCUCCAGCAGAGACAUCCUAGCUUUGCUGCGCAGAGAGAGGGGGAGGAGGAGGAGAGCUGAUUCACGGCUGCAGGAGGAGGGAGAGCCGCGCGGACGGGCUCACAAGGAUCCAGCUCCUAUAUCUUAAAAUACCGAGCCCCCCCUCCAACGCCCCCCUUCCUCCUCCUCCUCCUCCUCCUCCCCCCUCGUCAUUGACAGCUUUGCGACCCGGUCAAUCCGUCAGACAGGGAGGAUCUGGGGAGGAGGAUCUGAGGAUCUGGGGAGGAGGAUCUGGGGAGGAGGGCGCCGAGGCAGGAGAGGACGAGAGGCGAUCACCUCUGGCCGGUUUGAUCCAAUCGCCAAUCCGGAGCAGGCUGGGGACCUGCCUCUCUGCAUGAGGACGACACAGGGGCUUCUUCACUGGGGGGUUCUGGUCCGAGGAGCACGUUUGACUCAACAGAUCCAAACAGGGAGACCACAUUAGGACUGUUUGCUGAGAGGAGGAACUAUAAUAAAGGGGGCGGACAGGAGAUAUUUCACAGUCUGCUCAGAAACUCCCUGAAACACAAAUCCAGGUGGUGGGUGGAGGACAAGCACAGCACAGUGCUGGAUCCCAGAGGGACUAUCAGUGUGGUAAGGACCCUUGAGACGAAGGAGGGUGCAUGGAGGGUUCAAGGCCUGUGAAGCCGGGGUCGUCAGCCUGCCUCUGGUUGGGCCUGGUCUCUGUGACUGUAGUCUUCCUUUGCACGGAGGCCCGGACCACCCCGAGCCCUCUGGUCACCCCCAGCAAUGCCACCUGUGAGGGGAACUCCAAGUGCCAACCGGGGAUUAUCCUACCCAUCUGGUACCCUGAGGAUCCCUCCAUGGGAGACAAGAUCGCGAGGGUCAUUGUGUACUUCGUGGCCAUGAUCUACAUGUUCCUGGGGGUGUCCAUCAUCGCCGACCGCUUCAUGGCGGCGAUUGAAGUCAUCACCUCCCAGGAGAAAGAAAUCAUCAUCAAAAGGGCCAACGGGGAGACGACGACCACCACGAUCCGGGUUUGGAAUGAAACCGUGUCGAACCUCACCCUCAUGGCCUUGGGCUCGUCUGCCCCUGAGAUUAUGCUCUCUGUGAUCGAGGUUUGUGGACAUGAGUUCAAAUCUGGUGAGCUGGGGCCUUCAACGAUCGUCGGCAGUGCCGCCUUCAACAUGUUCGUCAUCAUCGGCCUGUGUGUGCUGGUCAUCCCCCAAGGAGAGGUGCGUAAGGUCAAACACCUCCGAGUGUUCUUCAUCACCGCAGGAUGGAGCAUCUUCGCCUACAUCUGGCUCUACAUGAUCCUGGCUGUGUUCUCUCCAAAUGAAGUCCAAGUCUGGGAGGGUCUGCUCACGCUGGCCUUCUUCCCUAUAUGCGUAAUCCUCGCCUGGGUAGCAGACAGACGACUGCUCUUCUACAAGUUCAUGCACAAGAAGUAUCGCACUGACAAGCACAGGGGCGUCAUCAUCGAGACGGAGUCCGAGCGCACCAAGGGCAUCGAGAUGGACGGCAAGAUGGUCAACUCCCACUUCAUGGACGGAGGCACGGCGAGCAACCUCAUCGGUUUGAUCGAGGGCAAAGAAGUGGACGAGUCCCGGCGCGACAUGAUCCGCAUCCUGAAGGACCUGAAGCAGAAGCACCCGGAGAAAGAGCUGGAUCAGCUGGUCGAGAUGGCCAACUACUACGCUCUCUCGCACCAGCAGAAGAGCCGUGCCUUCUACCGCAUCCAAGCCACGCGCAUGAUGACGGGCGCCGGGAACAUCCUGAAGAAACACGUCGCGGAGCAGGCGAAGAAGAGCAUCAGCGUGCAGGAGGUGCACGUGGAGGAGCCGGAGGAGUACGUGUCUCGGAUCAACUUUGAGCCUGCCGUGUACCAGUGCCUCGAGAACUGUGGCGCCGCCAUUCUGACCAUCACCAGAAAGGGCGGCGACAUCAACAAGACGAUCUACGUGGAUUAUAAAACGGAGGACGGCUCGGCUAACGCUGGGGCCGACUACGAGUUCACAGAGGGGACGGUGGUCUUCAAACCGGGAGAGAUGUUCAAGGAGAUCAGCAUCGGCAUCAUCGACGACGACAUCUUCGAGGAGGACGAGCACUUUUUCGUGCGGCUCAGUAACCUUCGCGUCCUGGAGACGGAGGACGAGGUGCUCUCCGCCAACAGCCUCCCGUACCCGAAGGCCAUGCUGGGCUUCCCCACCGUGGCCACCGUGACCAUCCUGGACGACGACCACUCGGGGAUCUUCACCUUCGAGAGCGGCUCGGCUCACGUCAGCGAGAGCAUCGGGAUAAUGGAAGUGAAAGUGCUGAGGACGUCUGGAGCGAGGGGGACGGUCAUUGUGCCUUAUCACACCGUGGAGGGACUCGCCAAGGGAGGAGGGGAGGACUUUGAGGACACCUACGGGGAGCUGGAGUUCAAAAACGACGAGACCUGCAAAGUUGUUCUCGUGAAAAUUAUUGACGAUGAGGAGUAUGAGAAAAACAAGAACUUCUUCCUGGAGCUGGCCGAGCCUCGCAUGGUAGACAUGAGUCUGCAGAAAGGUCGGACCGCCUCCGUCGGAAUGCACACCAUAACCAGUGAGAGGAGCAGACUGGGAGGCGGCGCCAACCGGAUGUCGCAUACUCUCACAGCUCACAGGCAUGAUGUUCCAGAGAGGAAGAUGACAUCAGACGAGGAGGAAGCCAGGCGCAUCGCAGAGAUGGGGAAACCGGUGCUGGGGGAACACUCCAAGCUGGAAGUCAUUAUCGAGGAAUCAUACGAGUUUAAGAGCACAGUGGACAAGCUGAUCAAGAAGACCAACCUGGCUCUGGUGGUGGGGACGAACUCGUGGAGGGAUCAGUUCAUGGAGGCCAUCACAGUCAGUGCAGACGAGGAGGAGGACGAGACGGGAGAAGAGCGGCUGCCGUCCUGCUUCGACUACGUCAUGCACUUCCUCACCGUCUUCUGGAAGGUCCUGUUCGCCUGCGUCCCUCCCACCGACUACAUGAACGGCUGGGCCUGCUUCGUCGUCUCCAUCGCCAUCAUCGGCCUGCUCACGGCCGUCAUCGGUGACCUGGCGUCUCACUUCGGCUGCACCAUCGGCCUGAAGGACUCGGUGACCGCUGUGGUUUUCGUGGCGCUCGGUACAUCCGUCCCAGACACGUUUGCCAGUAAGGUCUCAGCGGUCCAGGACACCUACGCAGACGCUUCAAUCGGGAACGUGACCGGCAGCAACGCCGUCAACGUCUUCCUGGGAAUCGGCGUGGCGUGGUCGGUGGCGGCCAUCUACUGGCACACCAAGGGGAAGCCGUUCGUGGUGGAAGCCGGCUCGCUGGCGUUCUCCGUCACCCUCUUCACCAUCUUCGCCUUCCUGGCCAUCUCGGUGCUGCUUUACCGGCGCCGGGCCCACAUCGGGGGAGAACUGGGCGGGCCCCGGGGACACAGACUGGCCACGUCAGCCUUCUUAUUCUCCCUCUGGUUCCUUUACAUCCUGUUCUCCAGUCUGGAGGCCUACUGUCAUAUAGAGGGCUUCUAAAGCGGACUACUAGAGAGUGAGACAAACACACACAGGGGUUUAAAGUACAACUUCAGAGGUCACAGAGUGAAUUCUCACCGUGGAAUUUGGUUCAGUCUUGUUUGGUAUGAAAGGACAGGAGAGGUAAACCCAGGGGUUUUCUCCCAGACACCUCCCUCUCCCUCUCUCCCUCUCUCUCUCCCUCCCUCAACCCCUUCUGUAAGGACGCUUGGCGGUGUGUUUCCUGCCCUCUAGUGCCGACAGGCUGCAGGAGAGCGCCCUCCUGAGUCUGUGCGAGUGUGCUUACAGUUGGGAUUGGGUCACCACCGAGUCCAGGAGACGCCGACGCCAAGGUGGGUCCUGCGUUCCACUGGAAGAGACCGCAGUCUUACACCCGGAGAGAGUUGAGUUAAUCAGAGGUAUAUAUUUUUCUCAACAUCUGACGAGAACGACUUUUUUUAGAAAAAUAUUUUGGGGAUAAAAACAUGAAAAUAAAUCAACCAAAAAAAAAGCAAGCAACACACUCUCUCUCUCACACACACAAAGAAGAACAAAGAACUAUUUUUUGAUGUACGUUAAGGAUUUAACAACAGAUUAUAUCGUAUAUGGGAAUAUGUUGUGGAGUGACACUGGGACAGUUCAUAGUAUUUAUUUUUUUUGCAUAGUUUCCUAAGGAGCAUUGCAGAGUUCUCAGAUAUCACAGGGAAGAAGAAGAAGAAGAAGAAGAAGAAGAGGAAGAGGAAGAGGAGGAGGAGGAGUGACAGUGACAGUUCAUACUGGCAGACGAGUCAUCCAACCCGGCGAGGAGGACGAGGCGGACACGGUCAACACGGUCAAACUGCCCUGAACAUUACUUCCGUACUCUAUACGUAUCUAUAUAUAAUAUAUUUCCAUAUUUUCUGUAUAUUUUGAAUAUUUGUUGAGAUGUGGUCACCUUCUGCUCUAACAGAGGA